AUGUCGGUCGUCUCUCUUCUCGGUUGCAAAAUCCUCAACAACCCGGCCACCUUCACGGCACCCUACCAGUUUGAAAUCACUUUUGAGUGUCUGGAACAACUCCAGAAAGAUUUGGAGUGGAAACUGACCUAUGUCGGGUCCGCCACCUCAUCGGAGUAUGACCAGGAACUCGACUCGCUGCUGGUCGGUCCCAUCCCAGUUGGUGUCAACAAGUUUAUCUUCGAGGCCGGGGCGCCCGAUCUGAGGCGCAUCCCUACUUCGGAGAUUCUGGGCGUCACCGUCAUUCUCCUCACAUGCAGCUACGAUGGCCGCGAGUUUGUCCGCGUGGGUUACUACGUGAACAAUGAGUACGACUCUGAGGAGCUGGUGGCCGACCCGCCCGCGAAGCCCGUUAUCGAGCGUAUCCGCCGGAAUGUCCUGGCGGAGAAGCCCCGUGUGACUCGCUUUGCCAUCAAAUGGGACUCCGAUGCCGAAGCUCCCGCGGAAUACCCGCCUGACCAGCCCGAGGCUGACAACCUGGAAGAUGACAGCAAUGCCUACGGUGCGGAAGAAGCCGAGCUAGAGGCUGCUCUCGUCAAGGAGCUCCAAGAUGCCGACAAGGGCAAUGAGGGCGAAGACCAGGACAUGGAAGGUGCUGAGGGAACCGCUGGUAAGGAAGAGGAAGAGGUCUCCGAUGCUGAAAGUGAGGAUCUGGAGGCGGAAAGCAGCGAUGAUGACGAUGAGCUGGAUGAGGAUGAGGCCGGCGAGGGCGACGAAGAUGUGGAGAUGGGCGACGACUCGGAACAGAAGGACGAGUCGGCCAGCAAACCCGCUCCCCAUGCCCAACCCGAGGUGAUGGUGCACUAA